AUGGCAAGAUAUUCUCAGUUUGAUUUCUACCAACAAUCUCCCACAUCACUAGAUGUACCUGAAGAGGACGAGAUGAGUGUGUUGGACGACAAGAUUCUUGACCCAACCUCCCCCGGGCUCUCCGAUGCCCGCCGCUCAUCCUACGACGCCCAGGAUGCCUUCUCACAUCGAAACUCUGUCUGGUCUAACUACUCUCACGCCAGUUCCGACUCCCGACAGUCCUCUCAUCUGGGUCACACUAUCUUGGACUCUACCGGCGCACAGUUCAUGCCCGUCGAUGGUCCUCAGUCCUAUUCACAGCAACCUUGGUCUGUCUCUCGCACUGGCUCCGGCUCAUGUACACCUACCGGGUAUGAGCAGUAUCCCCCAGAAUGCGAGAGUAGUUCUGUGCCCUUUCACGGUGGUGCGGUAGGCCCCAUUGGUCCGAUCCCCAUGGGCGCUGUAUCGUAUCGGAGUGGGAUGGGCUUCCAGUCUGGCGGGGUCGCCAUGUCCCCGCAGUCGAGCCAGGGUUGGAUGCCGGCGCCGAUGGAUCUGGCUGAGGCUGCACAGUCAAAGACUUCGUCCUAUCGAAAUGGGUCUCCGUUGACGUUAAGAAGAGAUGGGAUUCGAAAGAAGAAUGCCCGCUUUGAGAUUCCUGCCGAGCGGACUUUGAGUAACAUCGACCACUUGAUCAGUCAAUCAAGCAACGAAGAAGAGAUCAAAGAGUUGAAACAGCAGAAGCGCCUUUUGCGGAAUCGACAGGCAGCUUUGGAUUCCCGUCAGCGCAAAAAGCUUCAUACUGAGAAGCUCGAGGAAGAGAAAAAGCACUUCACUCAUACCAUUAGUCAAUUGGAAGACAUGGUACAAUCGCUACAAAAGAGAGAGGCCGACCACCAGCGCGAGAAGAACGAGUGGAUGGCUCAGCAGGGCCAAAUCACCCAAUACAUCGAAGGUCUCCACAUGGAAAAGGACGAGAUGAUCCGCGUGCACACGCUCGAGACAGCCGAGUUGCGUAAGAAGAACAAUAUCCUGAUGGAGACUGUUGAGAAACUCGAACGAGGCGUCAAACCCUCGAUGGCGGAUAGUCAUGGCGACUUUGCCGGCUUUGAGAACCUCAGCAUGGAAGGCCACCCAUGGGAGGAGUUUAGUAUGGCCAAUGGUCUCUCGAUGCCUGAGCCAGCUCCCGCUCCACCAUCACAGGCUCUCACUAAUGAACGAACAUCCGAAAAACAUCCAUUCAGUUGGAAUGCUUUCUAUAUGUGCCUUCUCUUCGGCGCUUACAUCGCAUCCAACAACACCGUGCUGCCCGGCCAUUCCCUUCCCCAAAUGUCGGAAGAAUAUCGCGCCGAGUCUGCCAAUGUUUUGAAAGCCGUGCUAGCCUCGUCUCCACCCGAGCUCGCCAACCCGGUGACCCACGCGUCAGUAUCCGCCACGUCAGGUCCGAGUAUGACCGGGAUGCAGAUGGCCCAGAUGGGUCCCGCCCCAACUGGUUCCUCAACUCUGGACGAGCUGCACGAUACACUAGUCAUGCCAACCGAAAACCAGGAACGGGCCCAAGUGUUUGCCCUCAGUGCAGACCAAUACAACUCCCUGACAACCUUUGAGGAUGAUGGCGCCGGAUUCAAGCCCCAACAACCCUCGAACCUGCAACAGGCGCUACAAGCCAUGCGCAGCCAAACUGCCGCGCAGCAGCGUAUGCACGAUAUCUCGACAUCAGACGUCUAUUCCCGCUCACUGAUGUGGGAGCGCGUUCCGCAGAAGGUGAUCCGCGAUUUCCAGCGCAUGGUUCAUGAAUACGGCGUUAAUCCCAUUAAGGAGGAGAUAGUCGGCUUCCAGGCGGCCUAA